UCCUCACACGUCUCCUCACUGCUCUUCCCGCCUUUUCUGUCACGCUGUACACAUCCAGUCCGCUCGGCGUGACACCCCCCCCCCCGUCACGUAACUCCAGAGCUGAUCUGUCUCGGUCUGCGGCUGCGCACAGUCCUUCACCUCCCGGCAGGCAGUGCGCGGUUGAGGGCGGGUCCGGGUCUGUGACGUCACCGCACAGGAGGCAGCUGAUUGAGUGAUGUAACAGUGUAGGAGCUUCUAUCGUGUGACGUGUUGUCUGUAGAUCUGGCGCUGUGGAUGGACGACUCUCUGAGGAGAACGUCUGAGAUGGGUCGGGAGCUGCUGGAGCGGGCGGGACGCAGGGGCGAGGACUGGUGGUCCGAACGUCCGCACAGCGACCGGUGUCCACAGAUAAGUCCUGGAGCGGGGACCCCCGAGGAGGAGCGUUCCGCCAUCUUAGAGGAGGCGUUCAGCACCUUGUCACGAAUCAUGCGCCAGACGACAGAACUGUGUGAGAGGUAUCACAGCCGUAUCUCAACCCAGAUGAACAACAACAGCAGCGAAGCGCAACACAUCUCCAGAUUUCACUGUAGGAAACCGCAGCGAGCGCACGAGAGGCCUCCUCCGGCACCGAGCUCGGCAGCCGCCCCCCUACGGUCUCCCGGGAGGACGCGGGAUGCUCGAGACGUCUACAUCGAAGUUGCUCCCGGAACGUACAGAAUCUCUGCCGCUUCCCCCGACUACCAACCGCAGACUCACCUGGUGAAUGUCACCCCCGGGCAAAGCGUGGACCUCACCUUCCAUGUGUAGUCUGGGUGCACUAGUCUAGACCACAGUGUGCCUCCUGCUGUUGCAAAACUACAACUCCCAGCAUGCCCGGACAGCCAACGGCUGUCCGGGCAUGCUGGGAGUUGUAGUUUUGCAACAGCUGGAGGCACCCUGUUUGGAAAUCACUGUUAUCAUGGACAUUAUACGGGUAACCACAGUCAUGUUUGGACAUUCCUAUUGUACGCAGCAGGUAAUCGUGAUCAUGUGACAGUCUUGCACUAUAUAUUGAUAACAAUGCAGCCGCUUCAGCUCUGCUACAUCAGACCUGUGUGUCUCUGAUAGGGUUUAAUUAAAUGAACGCUAAAAAUUGCACAAAAUCCAGAUAAAAAAAAAAAAUGUACAUUUUUUUUUUUACAUUUUUUUUUUUUUUUUUUUAGAAUCUUGUGUUUCAGAAAACUAUUAUUGCACGUUCACAAUUUCUUAUUUAUUUAGUAAUUUUAAAAAGUAAUUUAAGCGGAUAAAAUAGAAAAAAUAAAGACUUUCCAUCAAUGCAUAAGGGCCGGCUAUAGAACCGCCGCCAACAAGAGCGUACAUCGGCGAUGGAAAUUUAUUGUUUUACAUAUAUAAUAUUUUUUUUAUUUUCCUAAACAAGCGAAUUUUAAAGGGAUACUCCUGUGGAAAACUUUUAUUUUUUAUUUUUUUAAAUCAACUGGU